CUCGUGCACUUGGCGGAAAGUACAAAAUCUACACAUUUAUACAAUUGCUUAGACCAUACAGAAUACAAUGUCUGACUUCAGUGAAAGUUUGCCUACAGCUCUUGCCCAGUUACAAGCACUUAUCACUGAGAUAUCUGGUGAAGGUCUACAAGAUGAUAGACUUGGGGAGCUUGUAGAUAAACUACUAGGUGUAUUGGACAAGAUUCCACCACUAGAUUUGACCAUACCAUUGCAUAAAAAACUUCAACCUCAGAUAGAAUCCUGUGGUGUUUCACUCUGGAAUAUUGUUGUGGCAAGGAAAACUGGUGGCAAGUUAACAAGUGAUGUCAAUGCAAAAUUGCGUCAUAUUGCCUGUAAUCUUGUCUGCUUGUGUAAUGUCCAGGUUGAAGAUGAAGUUACUUUCAAGAAGCAAAUCAUGAUGUCAUUGAAAACUGGAAGAGCUUGGCUAGAUAGUGGUAACCCUGGGAUGGCAGACAAUGCAUUAACAACAGCCUCUGAGUGCAUUACAAAACUGCUAAAAUGUGUAAUGGACAAACAUGAAAAGAUGAAUGACAGAGCAACCUAUGAUAAGGAAAAGAUGAACAUUGAUAAGGAUUUAUUCAAGGUUGUAUGUUACAAAGCAGAGUCUGCCUGUUACCAAGAGCAACAUGACACAGCUAUUGGUCUAGCAAUGCAGGCAAAAGAAAUGUUGCAUAGGUUACCAAAAGAGGCAUCAUUCCUAUCGAUGUUAUGCUACAACUUUGGCGUUGAGACGUACCAACACAAAAAAUAUGAACACAGUGUUGCAUGGUUAAGAGAAAGCUUUGAAAUUGGCAAAGGAGCUGAACCAUGUGAUUCCAAAAAUCAGGCUAGAACCUUGCGUUUGCUGUCAAAUGCUUACAUAGAGUGGGAUCCUACUAAACACUGGCAAAAAUCUCUAAAUGCUGUAGGAUUGGCAAAUGCAGAACAGAGCCACCCUGCAGGUCUGUACUUAAGGGUUAGAAUAUUGACACAGGGAGAACCAGAGAUGUCACGGUUGAUAUCUGCUGUUGAGGAUGUCAUAAGACACCCUGAUGUCACUGUUGAGCUUGGACUCAGUACAGUAAAGCUGCUAUCACAGGGAGCCAGUGAUGAUAUCGUAUUUGACACCCUCAACCAAUUAGAGAACAGAUUCAAGACAAGCAUUUCCCGUUGUAAAAUCACUCUCACACAUCUUGAGCUUCUCAUUGCUAAGCAACGAAUGGAAACUGCAAAACAAAUGGCAGAACAGAUUAUUCAGGAACACAACACAGGCCAUGCCUUGGAUGUUGCAAAUAAGAAGCGGUUCCAUCUAAUUGUCUGGGAUACUGCUGGGGAAAACUUUGAGAAAAAGAACUUUAUAGAGGCACUACAAUGGUACAAUUAUUCAUACAAUUUGUUCCCAAAGAUUGAAGGCCAAGAUGCUAACGCAGCUAAGCUUCACCGCAACAGGGCAUCAUGUUACCUUCAGUUGGACAACAUGGAUAAGGCCAAAGAAGCUGUAGAGCUUGCUGAGAGUUCAGAUGUUAAAUCUCCACACACCCAGUACAUCAAGUUCAAACUUGCACUUCUGCAGAUGGAAGAUGACAAAGCCCUUGAGGCUAUUAAAAAGAUGGGUGCAUAUCUGACUGAUGGAGUAAAGGACAGUAAAAUAGGUCCUCAGACUGGAGGGGACAAUAAUGUACAGGGACUAAUAUGUCUUGCUGCUCAGCUUGCGUUUGAGAAAAACAACCGCCCAGUUGCUAUCAAAGCAUUAGAGAGCUUGGUCGAUUGUUCUAAUGAUGCACAGCAAGUUCUAACCGCCCUCAGAUGUCUUACUAGAUUAAAACUGACUUUUUUAGCUGAAGAUGACAAGAAAAUUACAGAGCUGUCUUGCCUAGAGAGCUAUCUUACCAAGGCUUACAAUACAUUGACGUCUCCUCAGCAUGACAGUGUACCUGCGAUGUACAUCCAACAAGAGGCUACCUGGUUUAUGAAAAUAGCUUGGAAUGUUGCUCUGCAGUGUGAUGAUACAUACAAAGACAUGUAUACAAUGUUCAACAUGUGCUACAAGUUUGCUAACCUGUGCCCCAGUGACAUGGCAAACCUGGUGAGACAGAAGACCUGCAUGUUAAUGGCUGCUGCUGCCUGCUUGCAUACAUCUAAGACCAUCUCAGAUGAAGUAGACAAGAGAUCAAGCCUUCACCGGGUGUUAGAGUUUAUUAGCCAGUGCAGACAGAUCUGUGCAAGGAUAAAUGAAGGCAAGCUCAAUGAGACAGAAAGAAGCAAAGACACAACACCAAUACUAUUGGUGCUAUAUGAGUUUGAAGCCAAGGCAAAGCUUGGAGAUCCAACACUGGAACAAGUCUUGGAGAAUGCCCUAGCCAUGCCUAACUCUGAACCUAAGACAUUUGAGAGCAUAGCAGCACUUGCUCUAGAACCGCCAGCAGAGAACCGCAGCAUCAGCAUUAGAGCUCUGAAGGUGGCAAUCAAGAAACAUUUACAGAUGGAAAACCCAGACUUUGCAAAAUGCAGCAAGAACUUCCAUAGUUUAGUGUCCCUCUCCCUCCAAUGUGACACUAGCAAAGAGGAAACUUGGACCUACUAUACUGAGAUAGUGAAUCUCUUGGAAACUAGAGCAAAGGAUAAUUUCCCUGAGAUGGAGACACUUUGGCUGAUGACGAAAGCCUGGAACUGUGGGAUACACCUGUACAGUGCCAGUAACUAUAUGGAAGCUAAGAAGUGGUGUGAGUUGAGUAUGCGACUCCUCAACCAACUUUCAUCUCUCCGUGGUAACUAUGAAUCUCAGAUGAAUGAGGUGUAUGGAGAAGUGCUGGCCAGGAUUGAUACUCUCAGGAAGGGAGGAACCUUUGAGGAAUAAUACGUCGCAGUGGCGGGGCCUUUCUAUGCCUCAGAGUGAAACAUGAGUGGUACAUGUACUUUUAAAAUGAAAGGACCUUUGAGGAAUAAUACGUCGCAGUGGCGGGGCCUUUCUAUGCCUCAGAGUGAAACAUGAGUGGUACAUUUAAAAUGAAAGGACCUUUGAGGAAUAAUAUAUCACAGUGGCAGGGCUUUUUUGCAUAACAUACCAAUACAGGUGCUUAGAAGAUUGGAACUAUUAUAACAUGUGC